ACUGAAAGGAACCAAUAAAAUACAUAAUCCGUUACUAAAGGAGAUAGCAGCUAAGGAGUGCUCUAAAUAGGUGAGAAAAUUAAGGUGAAACAUGCCAUUAUAGCAACUCAAUUUGGGUAUAUAUAUAAAACAAAACAAAGAAGGGUUUCGUCAAAAAGGGGAUAAAAAAGCGACCAAACUCCAUAGAAAAUGGAGUCUGUAAACACAUUAUGUUUCAUUUUAUUGUUGGGUUUGGGAUCAAACAUGCUUAUGAAGCCAUGUUUUGCAGAACCUGCAGAAUCCAAGGUACAGCUUCCAUUUUCUCGAUGGCAAGUGACCAUUUAUAAUCAUAUGGAGUCAACUUUGAUGGUUCACUGCAAAUCAAAGGACAACGAUUUGGGCAGGCAUGACAUCAAGAAAGGGGAUAACUACUUCUUGAAGUUCAAAGAAAAUAUUUGGCAAACCACACAGUUUUGGUGCCAUUUUAGCAGCAAAUAUGGACAGGUUACUGGUGAUGUUUUCUGGCCGGAAGAAGGAAGCCGGCUUAGCGAUGAAUGUAAGGAUCAUAACUGUGUUUGGUCUGCUCAAGACGGUGGGAUUUUCUUAUUGCGUGGUUCUAUCAAUUCCUAUCAGCUAGCCUACCCUUGGAAGAAAUGAUGUGAAUCCCACUUUUAUUUCCAGUCAUUUCAACCCAAACUAAUAAUGAAAUUAUAAUGAAAUUUAUAAUUCUUUACAUAAUUUCUUCCUCUUUCAAAUUUGUGUCUAAUCUUCGCACAUUGAAAAUGAUUCUUAAAGUCGCAUCAUCUUCAAGUUUAGUGCAAGGAAGAAUAAAAUACAUUCAGAAUCUUAACAACAAGGUAUGAUGCUAAGGAAAACAAGACUUUGACCUUUGUUUGAGCUUUCUACUUUGUCUACGUUUGUUAAAUUUGGCUUUGUCGAGGUUUGAAUUUGUGUAGUUCAGUUAUCGCUUGAUGAAGGAUCGAACUAUUGAUCUUUAGAAAGAUAAUAAUUGGUGCCUUGAGACAUUGGCUAUGGUCGGAUGGACAAAGGUUUAUAAGAUUAUGCUGCCUUAACUUGGGAUAAGUUAGAACACUUAGCAAAGGAAGUUCGAUUACACAACUCUAAAGAUUUGGAAUAUUCCUUCAUAUAAAGCAAAAGACAGAUGUUUUCUAAAUGGUUGCUGCCAUGGCUUGCUCUGCUGAACCUUUAAUGUAUUUUUGAAGGAGAAGCAUAGACUUAUGGUGUGGAAAAGAAUAAUGGCUUUCUGGCUAAAGAAUGGAUACCUUCUUUUUCUCCAUAGAAAAAACAUGAAGGGAGAAGCAAAGCUAAAAAAGCCAAGAAUAAUGAACAACCAACGCACCACAAUGCGGAAUCAGGUUCCAAAUAUUAAUAGCAAUAAUGUUGUUGUUGUUAUUCAAUGUUUUGAUAUUCUCUCGCCAAUCAAUACCAUCGUUAAACCCAGAUUUUGAAGUCCAUCCCUUUCAAGUUUUGGGAGAAACCCAUCAGUUUUUCUCUCUGUCUCUGUGUUUAAGCAUCAUAGUGGCUUAGAUUCCAGGAGAAAGGUUCUGUUUUUCUUUUGUCAGUGAUUUAAUGACUGGAAAGUUUUUCUGGAUGGUUUUGAGGAUUCACAUGGACUGUAAUGGAUGUUACAGGAAAGUAAGAAGAGCUCUUCUCAGUAUAAAAGAGUUGGAGGACCAUUUGAUAGAACAAAAGCAGUGCAGGGUAAGCGUUUGUGGAAAGUUUAGCCCUCAAGAUAUAGCAAUCAAAAUAAGGAAGAAGACCAACCGCAGAGUAGAGAUAUUGGAGAUUCAGGAGUGUGAUACCUUCACUGAAAACAAUGAUAUCCAAGGACCCUUCAUCAUCAAUGCCUGGAAAUGCCAAUCCAACUAUGACCAAGCUGAAAUUUGUUGUAAGCAUGAAGGUAACAAAGAAGAAAAGGAAGAAUUAGCUUCGUCUAUAACAUAAACUGUUCUUCAUCUUUCAUAUUAUUUUGCCAUUUUUAUGUGUCACACAUGCAAAUUCCUUCAUAAAACCAUAUGCAUUUAGUUGUUUACCAGUCGAAUAACAUAUAGUUGAUCAUGUAAGAAUUAAGCAGUCCAGUGCUUAUAGACGUUAUUUGGAAAACUUACUAUUUUAUUCACAAAUGAGCAAUUCAUAUUCAUAGA